GAAGUUGAGGAGUCUGAAGCGCUCCUGAACGCUGGCGGAGCCGGGUUUCUCACUCUGACAGACAGACAGAGAGAGCGGAGCGAGUGUGCUGCACUGAUACACCUUAUGGUGCAGAACUUUGGAGAACGAGUCCUCUCUCCUGUGCAGUGGAAGAAGAGGGCUUUAAACUGAUUUCUUUCUGCCUUUGCAUUGAGAGAGACACCCCGAAAGUGGAUAAAAAGUUUGGGUGAAAGCUGCUCGAGCGCAUUCCGGCGGAUUUUGGAUUACUGUGCCAAGAGUUCAAGGCCUGAGGUCACCAUGCUGCCCUACUUCCUGCUCCUGUUCCUCUCAUCUGGUCUGGUGUUAUCCUCUGACUGCCCAGCAGACUGUUCAUGCCAGGGCCAGGACUCAAUAUUCUGCAUUCAUCGUCGAUCCAACACUGUGCCCCGUGUUCCCACCACCACCCAAAAUCUCUACAUCUUCCAGAACGGCAUCAACACUUUGUCCCAAGAUGACUUCAAAGACCUUGGGGAGUUGGAGUUGCUAGAUCUGAGCCAGAAUGAGCUGGCGGAGAUUCCAGACGAUGUGUUUGAGAUGCUGGCAAAGAUGAAGAACUUGGACCUGUCGUCUAACCAAAUCACCCACAUCUCCAAAGGCACUUUUUCUGGGUUGGUCCAGCUGGAGCGGCUGUAUCUUCAUGGAAACCGCAUUCAGAGCAUCCACGUGGAAGCUUUUGAGGGUUUGGAGAUGCUACUGGAACUCAAGCUUCAAGGGAACCAGCUCACUUCUCUCCCAUCCCUCCAUUUCCCCAGGCUUUUGCUUCUAGACCUCAGCCAUAAUAACAUCCCAACUCUGGGACCCUCAGAUCUCCAGACUCCUCACUUGGAGGCCCUUAAGAUUUCCUCUCUUGGGCUUACUUCUGUGGAUGAGGAUCUCAUCGCCUCCCUUGGGAACCUCCAUGAGCUCGACAUAUCCACAAACCAGUUAACUGAGGUACCCCAGGCCCUAAAGCAGGAUUCACUCAAAGGACUGAUCAAGCUCAGCCUGGCUGCAAACCAACUGGGUGAGCUCAGGAUCGAGGACUUCCAGAAACUUACUGGACUUCAAGAACUGGAUCUCAGUGGACUUAAUCUCCAGGGAUUUCCUCAGAGUUUCUUCGAGACCUUCCCAAGGUUGAGUCAACUUACAGCUGCUGAGAACCCGUUUAACUGCUUGUGUCCAUUAGCCUGGUUCCCUGUCUGGCUUAAAGAGAAGGAUGUGAGUCUUGGGAGGCCUGAAGAAACCAGGUGCCAUUUCCCUCUGGUUAAUGCUGGGAAAACGCUUUCAUCCCUUGAGCACAAAGAUUUUGGAUGUCCACCUUCUACAACAGUGCUGGUUGGCUCCCCCAUUGGAAGUACCCCCCAUCCCUUGAUACCCACCACAUCUCCAGAAGCCACCCAUACCAACGCUAUUCCUCCUCCUCCUCCACCAAGUGAGGAAACCAUCCCUUCAAAAACACCCAUCUACCCCCUCCUACCCCACCCUCCUGUGUCCCCCAGUUCCACCAGUGGGGAAUAUGAGCCACACAUCUGCCCACCAAAUAUCUGCCUCAAUGGAGGCACUUGUAAUUUUGACCCACUGGGUCAACUCAGCUGCCUAUGUCCCUCAGGAACCUCUGGCCUCUACUGUGAAAAUGUGGAUGAUGUUCCUGAGCCCCCAAAAACUUCAGUAACAGAAGGUUCCGUAGUUGGCCCGGUGGUUCCCACUGAGCUCGAUGCUAUCAGCUCGCGGCAGGUGACUUCCACAUCUAUCCUUCUUGACCUUCACCGCUUCAUUGAAACACGACCACACAUCCGUGGCAUUAGGUUGACUUAUCGAAACCUCUCAGGACCUGACCGUCGUCCCAUUAUCCUGAGUGUACCGGCAUCCUACCCUGAGUACACCUUGCGUGGUUUGAGACCCAACUGCACCUACUCAGUCUGUGCCAGUCCCCUAGGUGAGAGAAUGAACUCUAGGUCCAACAGCUCUGCAGAAACAGGGUGGUGCACAGAGGCUCGCACUGAAGGAGUUCCACUGACAUCAGUAGAGCCAAGGAUGGAGACGCAGAGCCAGCUGACAUACGCUCUUGUCCCUGCCAUCGCUGCCUUGGCCCUUGUGCUUGGGUUGGCUGUGUUGGCCGGAACAAUCAUCUGUUUGCGCAAAAGAAGAAAGGCCAAGUCAGGAAUAGAGCUGGAGCUUGGCCCAGCUGACUUGGAGCCCAUGGAACUGGAAGGGAUAAAGGCCGGUCUAGAGAAUGGAGGAAAUGGUACACUGCCCCACAAGCAACCUGAGAUUGACCGCUGUCACAAUCCCCAGGCUUCUCAAUCGUUGCUACAAAAUGGGGCUUUGGACUAUGAGGUACCCCUAAUGCAAGGACACUGCUCAUCAAAUAACAAUCUAGCAUCCCUAAAACCAUCGUAUUUCUGAGAUGCCUUGGAAUCUCUCUUUGGAAAGAUUUUGUAGAGACUGGGCUUGCCCAUCUGGACUUGUGAGGUCCUGCUAUUGCUCACAUAGUGUUUAAAAAUCUAACUUCAUUCCAAUUUCAGUGACGCAAAAGCAGCACUUAUUAUCCCUUGUUGUCCAAAUGAUAACACUACAGACUGGAUUAUGAAUUUAGAGACACUCAAGAAGAAUUUAAGAUUACAUCAUAUUGGAAAUGUGCUAAACCACUGCGGGACAUGGUUCAGAAUGUGGUUUUAAGUCAUCUAGCAGAGUUUGAGUAUGGUGAACCCUAAAAAAGUGCAAUUGACUAGAUGGGUCUGGUAACAGACUGAAAACGGAAGUGCCUUUUUGCAUUGACGCAACUGUAACCGAUGGCUCAUUUUUAUUUAAACUCUCAAACUUUAUGAAUGAGCUGUAAUCCUGUUGCUGGAUUUGUGAGAUACAGAAUGGAGAAAAGGGCCCAGUGCUUGGGACACAGAAUCAAAGGAAGUGAUGGCGGUAUAAGAAAGCAGUGAUGCAGAUGUGUGGUGCCUGGAUGACACAUCCUGGUACAAAAUGUGUUUCUGACCAACUCCACCUACUCCAUGGGAACUAUAGAAGAACUUGCACUGAAAAGAAGUAUUUCUUUUCCCUUUCCAGUGUCUUACUCAUUGCCUGCCUCAAGACUGAUAGGUUUUGUAAGGAAAUGCAAUAACACAAAAAAUGAACUGAAUAAACACUAUUCAAAGCCAGCAAUAGGUUGAUGACUAUUAAAGCUGUUUAAACGUCAUACUUUGCUGUUGACUUUACCUAAUCCGAAACAAAACUCCAAGUUUCUUCACAUGUGGAUUUGGAUUCUUCAGUGUCAUCAGUCUGCCGUUUUUCUAUCCACACAUCCAAAAGCUUUUGGCUCAGUGGAAGAUAAAGUUGCUGUGAAAGAGAAAUGGACUGAAUGAAGAGCCAUUGAGAAUGGACUUGUAUUGUUCUGUGCCGUGAUGGGAAGGCUGUUUCGUCUUGCUUACUUUAUGAUAUCCUCUUUUUGUCUUGUGGUUUUUUUUUUGUACUUUUGUUGUGUUGUUAAUUUGCUGUUGAUGUCCAUUCAGUAUUGAUAUUUUUUUGCUUAUACUAUUAAUUUUUCAUCCUUGCUAAAGCUUGCCUCAGUUAUCGUUGAUUCUUCAAAGCAUUGAAAUGAAAUAUAGCUUCAACUUUCCACAGCUACUUGCAGUCAGUGCUGGAGUAAAUACUAACUUAGGUUCUUGAGAACAGCACUAAUAUUCUAGAUUAGGGAGACUAAAUAAAAUCAGUCAUAUUAUAUCACAUACAGAUUACAAUUGUAUAACGUUUAUGAAAAUGUCUUAGGAACUCACCAAGUGAAUGUAACAGUCAAGUGUCAGACACUUUACUCUCUGUGCCAGGUCUUUGAAUGCCACAUAAGAAAAGCCACAGACCUUUUUUUGACCUCAUAAGCUCCCAAAUCUGUGUUCAAAGGCAUCUAGCCACAGAAUCCACCCCUAUAAAGCAGCACACGCGUGCCGAGAACAGAAAGCAACUUCAAAGACUUUGAAGGCAAUUUGCUGUGAGUGUCUGAAAGAGUUUUUAGGCAGUAGUUUCCUCUCGCUGCCACUGACCGUGUCAGGUCUGAGAUAUGGUCUAGACGGUGUUCCCCUGUAGCUUUUAGUGUUUCCUCUUCUUGCUCUGCGUGCCUCCACUCUAACCAUCCAGUGUGUUUUGGUCAACAAGGAUUAUUGGCUUGUGUUUGUGGAGGCUGUUCUGCUUGUUUACGGCCAACCAGACUGUGAAUUAUACACGCUAAAUGCACCAUUCUUGUAUUUGUUGUCGUUUCUUUCCAGGUCUGGGAAUGCCACAAGUUUUUUUUGUGUUACUUUUUUUUUUUUAAAUCACUGCUUUUAUGAGGAAAAAAAUCCUGAAUUAGAGAGGAGUAUAAUAGGUUUACAGAGACGUGCCUUAGCAACAUCGGUGCAGAGCCUUCCUGACAUCUAGUAGUGUCAUAUUACAGAGCGCAGUUCAUGUUGAUGUGUAUUUCAAGAACAAAAGGGCCUUUAUUUGCCUCUCAAGACAUUGCAGUGUAUUACAUUUCAUUACAAACCACGGAUGAAGACGUAUGAAAUGCAAUGUAAUCAGUUUAGUCAAGUUUAAAAAAAGACCUGUGUUGGUUGUUAGUUGUUUAACAGCUGAAAGCUUGGACUUGCGUCUUAUCAGUUAGUUUUUCCAGGUGUGUGUGCGUGUGUGUGUGUGUGUGAGUGUGUGUGCAUGCGUCUCUUCGCCUGUUUUUAUUGUUUUUUUUAAUCUCUUGGCUUCCACUCCUACAGUACAUUGUCUGCUUUAUAAUUGAGUCCAUGCACUACACCGCAGCCCUGUCCAAAAUCAACUCGCCAUUCUUUGGCUUCACUACAAUCUUCAUUUUGUCCAUUUUCCAGUAUAAACACAGACACAGAUGCUCGUAUAUCUGCUCUUGCUCAGUAUAUCAACUGGAAGACUCUCUGGAUUGCUUGGGACGCUAAGAGGGGCAGGAAAUGUUUGAAAUAUUUUCAACAUGCUUGUUACAGAACCUUCCCUGUUGAUUUAGGGGAAAAAUGUCUUGUUUUCUUAUUGUUUGAUGUUUGUCUAUUGUGUUUUGGUGUACAUGUUUGCAGAAAAGUAAUGCUGAGAAAAAAAGAACAGUAUUAAAAUGACUUAA